GGGACAGCAGGGUGGGAAGAACGCCGUCAGAGCGCACAAAACCACCUGCCCCAUCCAGACCAUUAAAUCCAGAUUAACACCCACCCGGACUAUCAGCAUCUGAGAUAACAGCAAACAUGGGCAAGAAAUCCAAACUCAAAGUGUCAAGUGACAAAAAAGAGGAGAAUGGAGAUGUAAGCGGUGAGAAAAAUGGAAAGGAAGAGAAGGAGGAAAAGGAAAAGUUGGAGAUGGUGGGACCGAUAGAAUUAUUUCGAUAUGCAGAUAGUAUCGACAUUUUACUGAUGAUGCUUGGCUUAAUCAUGUCCAUGGCCAAUGGGGCAGUUCUUCCUCUCAUGGUAAUUGUAUUUGGAGACAUGACGGACAGCUUUGUGGAUGAUACAUUGUUGGACAAUUUGAAGAACAUUACCCUCCCACCUAACUUCACCUUUCCAGAGACCAGUAAUAUUACUUUGGGGGAGAAGAUGACAACACAUGCUAUAUACUACAGCAUCAUGGGAUUUGUGGUCUUGGUGGCGGCAUAUAUGCAGGUGGCCUUUUGGACUCUUGCGGCAGGACGUCAGGUGAAGAAACUUAGAAAGAUAUUCUUCCACUCCAUCAUGAAACAGGAGAUCGGCUGGUUUGAUGUCAACGAGACGGGACAACUCAACACACGCCUUACAGAUGAUGUUUACAAAAUAAAUGAAGGCAUUGGGGAUAAACUUGGCAUGCUGAUUCAGAAUCUCACUACUUUUAUUGUUGGCAUUAUCAUUGGCUUUGCUAAAGGCUGGAAGCUGACCCUCGUCAUCCUCGCUGUUAGCCCGUUACUCGGUAUCUCAGCCGCUGUCAUCGGAAAGGUGAUGACAACAUUCACGUCGAAGGAGCAGACGGCCUAUGCGAAGGCUGGAGCAGUGGCAGAGGAAGUGCUGUCAUCCAUCAGAACCGUCUUUGCCUUUGGUGGACAGAAGAAAGAGAUCAAGAGGUAUCACAAAAACUUAGAGGAUGCUAAGAACGUUGGAGUAAGGAAGGCCAUAACUGUGAACAUUGCUAUGGGCUUCACAUUCUUCAUGAUCUACAUGUCCUAUGCACUGGCCUUUUGGUACGGCAGCACUCUUAUCCUGGGUGGGGAAUAUACGAUUGGCAUGCUUUUGACGAUUUUCUUCGCUGUCCUAAUUGGAGCUUUUGGCCUCGGUCAAACGUCUCCAAACAUACAGACCUUCUCCAGUGCUAGAGGAGCCGCCCAUAAAGUUUUCCAGAUCAUUGAUCACGAACCCAAGAUUAACAGUUUCUCUGAGGAAGGAUACAAACUUGACGUCGUUAAAGGAAACAUUGAGUUCAAAAACAUUCAUUUCAGAUACCCCUCGCGAGAUGAUGUGAAGGUCCUGAAUGGCAUGAAUCUUAAAGUCAUGAGUGGACAGACCAUUGCUUUAGUGGGCAGCAGUGGGUGUGGAAAAAGCACAACAAUCCAGCUGCUGCAACGCUUCUACGACCCACAGGAAGGGAGCGUUUCUAUAGAUGGUCAUGAUAUUCGCUCUCUGAAUGUGAGAGGUCUGCGAGAACUGAUUGGCGUGGUCAGUCAAGAACCAGUGCUGUUUGCAACAACAAUUGCCGAAAACAUCCGCUACGGCCGGCAAGACGUCACCCAGGAUGAGAUUGAGCAGGCUGCACGUGAAGCCAAUGCCUACAACUUCAUCAUGAAGCUCCCUGAUAAAUUUGAGACGCUGGUUGGAGACAGGGGAACCCAGAUGAGUGGCGGACAAAAGCAGCGUAUUGCCAUUGCACGAGCACUUGUGCGCAACCCAAAAAUCCUUCUUCUCGACGAGGCUACCUCUGCCCUGGAUGCAGAGAGUGAGACUAUUGUGCAAGCAGCUCUAGAUAAGGUGAGGCUGGGAAGGACCACCAUAGUUGUGGCUCACCGACUCUCUACUAUUCGAAAUGCUGAUGUCAUCGCUGGUUUCCAGAAUGGUGAAAUAGUAGAACUGGGCACGCAUGAUGAACUGAUGGAAAGGAAAGGAAUCUACCACUCUCUGGUUAAUAUGCAGAUGUUUAAAAGCACAGAGGUAGCAGAGGAGGACAGUGAGGAGAUGACUAUGGAUGAGAAGAGUCCUUCAGUCAGCUCUAUGAAUGAACGCACACUCUUUAGACAGAAAUCCAGAAGUGGCUCCGAAAAAGAGCUGAAGGAAGAAGAGAAACCGACAGAGGAAGAAAAGGUUCCAAACGUUUCGUUCCUGACUGUCCUGAAACUAAAUUAUCCUGAAUGGCCAUACAUGGUGGUCGGAAUUCUCUGUGCCACCAUCAACGGAGGCAUGCAGCCUGCUUUUGCUGUCAUCUUCUCUAAAAUCAUUGCAGUGUUUGCUGAGCCGGAUCAGAAUCUCGUGCGGCAGAGGUGUGACCUCUACUCUCUGCUGUUUGCUGGCAUUGGAGUUUUGUCCUUUUUCACUCUUUUCUUACAGGGUUUCUGUUUUGGCAAAGCUGGCGAGCUUCUGACUAUGCGACUGAGGUUUAAAGCCUUCAAUGCAAUGAUGAGACAGGACCUGGCCUGGUAUGACGAUACCAAGAACAGCGUGGGUGCGCUGACCACCAGACUGGCUGCGGAUACUGCUCAAGUGCAGGGCGCGACUGGUGUGAGAUUGGCAACACUGGCGCAGAAUGUGGCCAACCUAGGCACCGCCAUUGUCAUCUCAUUUGUGUACGGUUGGCAGCUGACCCUCCUUAUCCUCUCAAUUGUGCCAAUCAUGGCUGUGGCAGGAGCUAUUCAGAUGAAGUUACUGGCAGGACAUGCUCUAAAAGACAAGAAAGAACUUGAACAAGCUGGAAAGAUUGCAACAGAAGCCAUUGAGAAUGUCCGUACUGUGGUUUCAUUGACCAGAGAGAGCAAGUUUGAAAGUCUCUAUGAGGAGAACCUAAUUGUGCCCUACAAAAAUGCCAAGAAAAAAGCACACGUCUUUGGCCUGACGUUCUCUUUCUCUCAAGCCAUGAUUUAUUUUGCCUAUGCCGGUUGCUUCAAGUUUGGCUCUUGGCUCAUUGAACAAAAGCUGAUGACCUUUGAGGGUGUCUUCCUCGUGAUCUCAGCUGUGGUGUAUGGAGCAAUGGCAGUUGGAGAGGCAAACUCCUUCACUCCAAACUACGCUAAAGCCAAGAUGUCUGCUUCUCACGUCCUGAUGCUCAUCAACAGAGCCCCGGCCAUUGAUAACUCCUCAGAGGAUGGAGACAAGCCGGAUAAGUUCGAAGGGAAUGUGGGUUUUGAACAUGUGUAUUUCAAGUACCCAUCCCGGCCGGAUGUGCCAGUGCUGCAGGGUCUCAAGCUUCGGGUGAAGAAGGGGCAAACACUCGCUCUGGUGGGCAGCAGUGGCUGUGGAAAGAGCACCACCAUCCAGUUACUGGAGAGAUUUUAUGACCCUCAGCAGGGCAGAGUGAUGCUGGAUGACAAUGACGCAAAGCAGCUGAACAUCCAUUGGCUGCGCUCUCAAAUUGGCAUCGUUUCCCAGGAGCCUGUGCUGUUUGACUGCAGCCUGGCUGAGAACAUCGCAUAUGGAGAUAACAGCAGAGAAGUGGACCAGGAGGAGAUCGUAGAGGCCGCUAAAGCUGCAAACAUACACUCAUUCAUAGAGAACCUGCCACAGCGGUACCAGACGCAGGCGGGUGAUAAGGGUACGCAGCUCUCAGGAGGACAGAAGCAGCGCAUUGCCAUAGCGAGAGCCAUCCUCAGGAAUCCCAAGGUCCUGCUGCUGGAUGAAGCCACGUCUGCUCUGGACACAGAGAGCGAGAAGAUUGUUCAGGACGCUCUGGACAAGGCGAGCAAGGGCCGCACAUGCAUCAUUGUAGCCCACCGGCUGUCCACCAUCCAGAAUGCAGACUGUAUAGCGGUGGUCCAGAACGGGGUGGUGGUAGAGCAGGGCACGCACCAACAGCUUCUCAGCCAGCAGGGGGCGUAUUAUACUCUUGUCACCUCACAGAUGAGCCACUGAUGAUGGAGCAACGACACGCCCCGGAGAAACGCUCUCCUCUGCCUGCAGCUCCAUGGUAUGUUAGGGUCAAAUACCACAGGUAAUGGGGGAGAUACUAAGAACAUGGACAUUUGUGUCCAGAUGUAAGCACUUGUGUAACUGUGCCUUGUCAUGUUGUACUUUUCAGUUUUAGGCCACAAUAUUAAUCCAAAUCGGCACUUUCUUGUUGCGGAUUGAAUUUUAUAUAUAUAUUUAAAUUAAUUUCAACUAUCAAGCACUCCCAUGAUCUCAUUUCCUGGAUGCACAGUUUAUGCAACAAAAAAUGUUCAGGGCAGAACAUUUCAAGCGUGAUUAUGUACAGUAAUUUAUAUAUGAACAGCGUAAAUCAUGACUAAUAGCAGAGAUAUUCUCACUGGUGAAGACUGUUGUUGUGCAUUAAGUGAAUAUAUGACCAAAGAGUUUCUAUUUUAUAAGGAUUUCUGUAUGUGUGGUUCCUUGAUGUCUGUCAGACUAACAUGAGGCCAUUUUAUUUUGUCUUUUUAUGGCACUGUUUUCCUAGCACACAUACUGUAUGUAAAAAAAAAUGUUUGGAAUAAAGUUUUCAUUUUUCAU